AUGAGGCCAUUCGUACACGAAGAGGUCCCAGUGGCCAUUCGCCUUACGCGCGCUGUAGGCAUCACGGCUUCCGCCUUCCUCGCUGGUCAAACAGCGGCCUCGUCCUACAUACUUGUUCCGGCCGUCCUAGAAGCACCCGCUCCCCUCGCCGUCAAGCAAUGGAGGAAGGCCUUCAACAUCGGAAAGGUUGUGGGUCCUGUACUCUCUGUUCUCUCGGGCGGCAUCUUUGCCUAUCUGGCCAGCCGCGAACCCCGCACGUCCUCGGCCUUCAAAUUCUACACCGCUGCAGCCGUUCUCCUGCCCUCUAUCUUCCCAUACACCGCCCUCGUCAUGACGCCAGUUAACAGAAAGCUCCUAUCGAAAGCGAAUUCCCUUUCUAAUGUCUCUAUCACCGACGAUAGUGAAUCUGGCGUCGCGAAGGAAGAGACUGCGCACGCUCUCAUCGACAAGUGGGCCACACUGAAUCUGGGUCGUGCGCUGAUGACGACUGUUGGCGCAUUCUGCGGGGUGUGGGCUACAUUGAACUGGAUUGACGUUGUGGAGUGGGAGGGAAUUGGGCUUGGUACCGGAGCGAGCAGGAUGGGUGAUUAA